AGUCCGCAGUUGAUUUGCUGCAAAAUUUCGAUGCUUUAUACACCAGUAAAUUAUUAUUAGUUUAAUGGUCGCAGACGUUAUAAUAGUUUUUAGUAUAAGGUAGUUCAUGGUUAACGUUAAGUACGGAUCAUUGCGGUCAUGGCUAUUAUGGUUUUCAAGAUGUUUACUAAAGUAAUUAUAUGUCCUAUUCUGUUACUAACUGCAGUCGCUCUGAUAAGAACUUUUCUAGUCCAUCGACCACCUCCACCUUUAUCCUGUAAUCCACAAGAUGAUGAUCACAUCUCGGAAGAGAAGAGGAAUCUCUCUGAACACCUAUCACAAGCUAUACAAUUCGAAACGGUAACCACUGAUAUACAUAAUUACAAUAGCGAAGAACUUGGAAGAUUCGGUGAUCAUCUCAAAAAAAUUUUUCCAGCUAUACAUUCAUCAUCAUUUAUUACUAGAGAAGUUAUUAAUAACAUCAGUUUGUUAUACACUGUCAAAGGAAAUGAUUCAUCGUUAAAGCCUUACCUUCUAAGCGGACAUCUCGACGUUGUGCCUGUUGAUGAAACACAAUGGAUGGUUUUUCCAUUUGGUGGAAUAAAAAAAGAUGGUUUUGUAUAUGGAAGAGGAACAAUUGAUGCAAAACAUAUAGUAAUGGGAAUUUUAGAAGCAUUGGAAUAUUUGCUUGAAAAAGGCUUCAGACCUACUCGGUCGUUUUACUUAGCAUUUGGUCAUGAUGAAGAGGCAUCCGGCUUUGAUGGCGCUUCUCAUAUCAGUGCAUUGUUGCAAGCUCGAAAUGUUACACUGGAAUAUCUAUUAGAUGAAGGAAUGAUGGUUAUUAAUAAUACUAUUCCUGGAUUAAAUGUUCCUGUAGCUAUGGUUGGUGUGACUGAAAAAGGAUAUGCAACUUUAAAAGUUUCCCUUAGUGGACAGCCAGGACAUUCUUCGUUACCACCUAAAGAAACAACUAUAGUAAUUUUAGCUAAAUCAAUUUCAAGAUAUUUAAGGGCAUCUUUUCCAUUUAAAUUUGUUUAUGCAAAUAUCUGGUUGUUUAGGCCAAUUUUAUCAUGGAUUUUUAGUUUACAACCACAUAGCAAUAGUUUGGUUAGAACAACAACAGCUGUAACAAUGAUAUCUGGAGGGAUUAAAUCUAAUGUUGUUCCUGGUGAAGCUUCUGCUAUUGUAAAUCAUCGUGUACAUCCUGCUGAUUCAAUUGAAGAGGUUAUUGAUCAUGAUAGGUAUCUGCUAAAUAAUGACAAUUUAGAAAUUGAAAUAAUUGAAUCUACCCCCCCACAUCCAAUAUCACCAUUUUCGAGUGAUAGUUUUGGAUACCAAACAUUAAAAUAUAGUAUUCGACAAAUAUAUCCUGAUUGUGCUGUUGUUCCCACUAUCAUGGUUGCUAAUACAGAUAGUAAAUGGUAUUUACCAUUAACAAAGGCCAUCUAUAGAUUUUCUCCAGUGAAUAUCCGUACAGAAGAUACUGCACGCCUUCAUGGAAACAAUGAGCGCAUUUCAAUAAAAAAUUACGAGCAAGUGGUAAAUUUCUACUAUCACUUGAUUAUUAAUUCUAAUGGGAACAAAUUGGCUUUUCAACAACACACCCACCAAGAACUUUAAAAUGUGUGAUAUGUUUUUAAAAAAUAUAUAUAUUAUAUAUAAAACACAGAAUUUGUAUAAUUUGAAAUAUACAUAUAUGAUGAUUUUUUUUUUCCUUCAAUGAAUACAAAAAAUAAUGCAUUAUUUGGAAGGACUGCAUAACUUUUAUGCACUUUUAGUACUUUUCACACAUUUAUACAGUUCUCAACUUCUGAUGUAUGUUUAUUAAGAUCAAGUAAAUUUAAUAGUUGUUUGCAUAAGAAUUUGAAAUAAUUUUUUGAGAACAAAUUGACUAAGUUUUCUUUUUUCGUGUAUUUUUUUAAAAAUUUUAUUACGUAGCUUAAGAUCAAAUUGUUUGUUUAAAAAUUUCUAACUGUUAUAUUAUAUUUGCAAGAAAAAAAAAAAAAGAAAGAAAAAAUACAAAAUGUUUUUUAUUAGCCUCCUUAAAUAUUGUUACGAUAGGAAGUAUUAAUAAUGUAUUUUUAAUAAAUACGUUGCCAACAAAAAAAAGAAAGAAUUUGAAUAGACAAAAAAUACAACUGACUAAUUUCACCUGAUACUAAAUGUUAUAGUUCCCACAGAUUAAACAAACAUGUCAAAAUACUUAGUUGAUCGAAGUUAAGUUACACAUCCUCUCAGAUAUUUUUCCCACUAUUAGCACAAUACCUCAAUACCGAAUGCUUAGAUAUGUCCAUCAAGCAACAACUAAUCCUCAAGAAAUAUUGUUUGGCACCAUAUGAUUUAGAAAUCACAAAAAAUUAUCAGUUAGUGAAACUGUACAUGUAAACAUACUGUGUAUAUAUAUUUAUAUAUAUAAUUCUGGUUGUGUAAUGCUUGCUACCCACAUUUAGUGGGAAGAAUGUUAAUCUCCUUUGUUAACUGAUUAUAAAUGCUGAUUUAUUAAGGGUUGUAUUAUAAUAAUAUAAUUGUAAAUACUGUACUGAAUUUUUCAUAGAAAAUUAGUAUAUUGACACUAAAAAUUGUAAAUAUAUAUAUGUAUAUAUGUAUUAUUUAUAUACAUAUAUAUAUAAUCAUCAAAAUUGUGUACAAAGGGAAUAUUUCCAGCAUUGGAUUAUACAAUAAUCCACACUUGGACUAUCAUUUGUUUAUAAAUUGUAUUUAAACAAAUUUAUUUUCUUAUUGUGAUAAGAAUUUUUCUGCAAUAUUACAUGUAGUAAUAAAUUUUAAAAUUUAGUGAUUAAAAAUACUUAUUUAUGUUUAGUUAUAAAUAAAUUUUAUUUUUGGAUAAGUAUAUUAUAAGUAACUGUAUAACUGAUAAUUGUAUAAAUGUGGGAUUUACAUAUUGUUUUAUAAUUAUCUCACCCAAUUUUGAUUUAA